AUGGGGCUGGAGACGGAGAAGGCGGACGUGCAGCUCUUCAUGGACGAGGACGCCUACAGCCAGCACAGCGGCCUGGACUACGGCCCCCCCGACAAGUACGCGGACUCGGACCCGGACCGGGACCCCCACCAGCUCAACUCGCAUCUCAAGGUGGACUUCCAGGACGUGAUCGCGGAGCCCGAGGCCACGCACUCCUUCGACAAGGUGUGGAUCUGCAGCCAUGCCCUCUUCGAGAUCAGCAAGUACGUGCUCUACAAGUUCCUGACCGUGUUCCUGGCCGUGCCCCUGGCCUUCGCCGCGGGCAUCCUCUUCGCCACCCUCAGCUGCCUGCACAUCUGGAUUAUCAUGCCUUUUAUAAAGACCUGCCUGAUGGUCCAGCCUUCGGUGCAGACCAUCUGGAAGAGCGUGACAGACACGGUCAUCGCCCCGCUGUGUCUGAGCACAGGACGCAUCUUCUCGUCGGUCAGCGUGCAGCUGAGCCGAGACUGA